GUUGCGCGCCUUUUGCAAAGUGGAUCAAGUCUAGUUGCGAAAUUUGUAUUUGUAAUGGUUUACACAAUAUCGGAUAAAUUGGAGAAAGAAGAUGUCAACAACCAGGUUGACAAGGAGAUGGAUUCUCGUUUUACGAGAGUAAAAACUUCCGAGGAAGAAGCCGAGGAAGAAUUUAGUCCAAAGGAAUUAUGGAGAAUUUGGAAAAACGUCUUGAUGUUAGGAGCUGCUUUCAUGAUUCACUUUACGGCUUUUUGGGGAGCUUCAAACUUACAAAGCUCUGUCAAUGCGGAUGAAGCUCUUGGUACGUUCACGUUAGCCUCAAUAUAUGGAUCGUUAAUUUUGUCCAACAUUUUCCUUCCUGUUGUUGUGAUAAGAUGGUUGGGAUGUAAAUGGGCAGUUGCAGUAUCGUUCAUCGCUUAUAUGCCUUUUAUCAUGGCCCAAUUUUAUCCGAAAUUUUUCACAAUGAUUCCCGCAGGAUUAUUGGUUGGAUUCGGAGGAGGUCCGUUAUGGUGCGCCAAAUGUACUUAUUUAACGGUCGCCUCAGAAGCUUUCGCGAAAAUCAGCGGUUUAAAUGCAGACGCUAUAGUUACGAGAUUCUUCGGAGUCUUCUUUAUGUUUUACCAAUUCUCCCAAGUCUGGGGCAACUUAAUCAGUUCUGCAAUUUUAUCCACUGGAGGUUCUUCGGAUAACACAAACGAAACAAUUUCCAACAUAACGACUGUUUUCAUUUCGUCAAUUAAAAAUACGUCAAUCGAUAAUUUUUGCGGAGCUAAUUUCUGUCCGGGUACAACUCAAGACUCGAAUCCGAAUCUGGAACCACCACCUAGUUCAAAGAUCAAUCUCAUUGCGGGCAUCUAUUUACUCUGUAUGGUUGUGGCGUGCCUUAUAGUGGCAUUUGGAGUAGAUUCCCUCACAAGGUACAAUAGGGGUCGCCAAGGGAGCGGCAGUGGCCUUUCCGGAUUCAAAAUGCUUGCGGUUACACUCAAGCACUUGUCUCACCCUUACCAACUGCUAAUAUUACCCAUCACCAUGUUCAUAGGAGCCGAACAGGCCUUUAUAGCAGCUGACUACAAUGCGUCGUUCGUUUCUUGUGGGUGGGGAAUAAGCAACAUAGGUUUUGUAAUGAUUUGUUUUGGAGUAAGUAAUGCUAUCGCAGCGAUAAUAAUCGGCAACUUAGUUAAAGUAAUAGGAAGACCACCAGUCAUAGCAUUUGGAUUAGCAUUACAUGUAUCUUUAAUUGUUACAAUGUUAUUUUGGAGGCCGGAUUCAGAAAACAAAUUGAUGUACUUUCUUAUGUCAGGGUUAUGGGGAAUAUCAGACGCAGUUUGGUUGGUUAACAUAAACGCAUUGAGUGGUAUCCUAUUUCCGGGGAAAGAGGAGGCCGCCUACAGCAAUUUCAGACUGUGGGAAUCAACAGGUUCCGUCAUAACUUACGUUUACAGCCCCUAUCUGUGUACGAACGUGAAAAUUUACCUUUUACUAGGAUUGCUUCUUAUUGGCGUAUGUGGAUACACCACCAUUGAAGUAAUGGAAUUUAGAGCCAAAAGACAUGAAAUUACAAUCACAGGAAAAGAUUCUAGGGCAAACGGUAGAAGUAAAGAGGUUGCUGAGAAUUAAAUUAAAAUGUGAUAAAUAUAUUAUGUGAAACUAAAAGUAUGAUUCUGUAUUAAAAAUUAAGAUUUC